GCUGCCAUGGAGCCGAAGCAGAUGCUGGAGGGGCAGUCGCAGGUCUCAGAGAACCCCUACGCCGAGUACCGGCUCACCGACAACGUGGAGAGCAUAGUAGAAAAUGAGACUAUUAAUGCAGAAAAGUCAUCAAAACAGAAAGUGGAUCUCCAGUCUCUGCCAGCUCUUGCCUACGUGGAUCAGACAGUUGUGCCUGUCUUAUUACAGGGGCUCGCUGUGCUGGCAAAGGAAAGAACACCAAAUCCCAUUGAGUUUUUAGCAUCCUAUCUUUUGAAAAAACAAGGCACAGUUUGAAGAUCGAAACUGACUUACUGAGAAGAACAGAGAAAUUCGGUUUCUACUCUCAAUUUACAGGAUUAAGAGGCAGCUUUAAUUGCCAUGAUUCCCCCCCCCCCCCCCCCACACACACACCUCUUGGAAGUAUAAGCAGCUUCAGGACAACAGAACUUGUUUGCAGAAGAAAACAUCCU